GAGCUGCCCCCCGGCAUGGAGCGGCGGCCCGAGCCCGGGGAGGCGGCGGCAGCGGCGGAGGAGGAGGAGGAGGCGCGCCCUGCCUCGCCGCCGUUCUUCCUCCUCUACCCCGGCCAUGGAGGCGGCGCCGCGGCCGCGCCGCCCGGGCUGUGGAGACCCCCGGCGCCCCGCGGCGGGGCCGAGCUGCCCGUGCUGGUGCUGAGCUACCCGGGACCGGACGGAGCCCACUCUUGGGAGGAUUUGACAGAUGUGGUGGAGCAAUUGCGCGAUGAUUCCGAAGACCCCAAUUACCUCAUGGCCAACGAGCGCAUGAACCUGAUGAACAUGGCCAAGCUGAGCAUCAAGGGGCUGAUCGAGUCCGCACUGAACCUGGGCCGCACGCUGGACUCGGACUACGCCCCCCUGCAGCAGUUCUUCGUGGUCAUGGAGCACUGCCUCAAGCACGGCCUCAAAGCCAAAAAGACUUUUCUUGGGCAAAAUAAGUCAUUUUGGGGACCUCUAGAAUUAGUAGAAAAACUUGUUCCUGAGGCUGCAGAGAUUACAGCAAGUGUUAAGGAUCUUCCAGGGCUCAAGACACCUGUGGGCAGAGGAAGAGCUUGGCUUCGCCUGGCUCUGAUGCAGAAGAAACUUUCAGAGUACAUGAAAGCUUUGAUUAACAGAAAGGAUCUUCUCAGUGAAUUUUAUGAGCCCAAUGCACUGAUGAUGGAGGAGGAAGGUGCCAUCAUUGCUGGCCUCCUCGUAGGGCUGAAUGUCAUCGAUGCCAACUUCUGCAUGAAGGGAGAGGACCUGGACUCCCAGGUCGGAGUUAUUGAUUUCUCCAUGUAUUUGAAAGAUGGGAACAGCACGAAAGGCAGCGAAGGAGAUGGUCAGAUAACUGCUAUUUUGGACCAGAAGAACUAUGUUGAAGAGCUCAACAGACAUCUAAGUGCUACAGUAAACAACCUGCAGGCCAAGGUGGAUGCCUUGGAGAAAUCCAACACAAAGCUGACAGAGGAGCUUGCAGUUGCCAACAACAGGAUCAUUACACUGCAGGAAGAGAUGGAGCGGGUUAAGGAGGAAAGCUCCUACAUCCUGGAGUCCAGCCGGAAGGCCACCAAGGACAGAAGUGCUGACGGGCAGGCACUGACUGAGGCACGGAAGCAGCUCAAGGAGGAGACUCAGCUGCGCCUGGAUGUGGAGAAGGAGCUGGAGGCACAGAUCGGGAUGCGGCAGGAGAUGGAGCUGGCCAUGAAGAUGCUGGAGAAGGAUGUCUGUGAAAAGCAGGAUGCGCUGGUGGCACUCAGGCAGCAGCUGGAUGAUCUCAGGGCUCUAAAGCAUGAACUGUCUUUCAAGCUGCAGAGUUCAGACAUGGGAGUGAAACAGAAGAGUGAAUUAAACAGCCGCUUGGAAGAAAAAACAAAUCAGAUGGCUGCCACCAUCAAACAGCUGGAACAAAGAUUGCGACAGGCAGAGAAGGAGCGGCAGCAGGCCCUGCAGGACAACCGGCUCUUCAAGCAGGAGUUUGGGGACAAAAUCAACAGCCUCCAGCUGGAAGUGGAAGAGCUCUCCAGGCAGCGGAGCCACCUAGAACUGGAGCUAAGGCGGGAAAGAGACAGAUGGUCUCAGAGUCACCAGCGCAGCCAAGAAAGCAAAAAAGGCCCAAAGAAUUGGCUCAGACAGGAUGGGAAGCUCAAAGUCCAGGAAGAAAAUGCUAAACUGAAGCAGCCGCUGAGAGAGAACAGUGUCCUGCCACACAGGUAAGGAAGGAAACAAAUCUCAUCUCAGCCUCUCCUUUCCCAAGAGCAGCUGUCGGGGCCUGGACACGCCGAGAUCUGCCAGCUCUGCCAGGAGGAGGGCAGCCGGAGCCAAAGAAAGAACAUCUGCAAGAACUGUGGGGGCACCUUCUGUGAAGCCUGCUCGGUGCACGAGCUGCCCCUUCCGUCCAGCAUCAAUCCUGAGCGCGUCUGCAACCCCUGCCACCAGCGGCUCAUCCAGCAGUAUUCCAGCAGCCCCUUGUAGGGAACAGGUGGCACAGAGGUGACAAACAGCGGCUGUGCCUGAUGGUGUUUCUGGAGCUGCUCAGGGGGAAUGUGAAGACCUUUGCCCAUGUGCUUUGGAGGUCGGAUGGGAAGCAGCUUCUUGGUGUUUAGAAUCUCCUGUUACUAAAACAGCAAUCUGAGCCCUUAAAUCAGCCUGUGCUGUGGAGAAUUCCAUUGGGAAUGUCACAUGGGGCAGCCCCAAGGUAUGCCUGAGCAGUCUCAGGACUCUGGGAGCCCCUGCCCAAACCAGAGCUGUUGUCUGCAUGCAAAAGUCGGGAGUGUUCUCACCCUCACGUGUGUGGUGUGGGUGUCUGCUGCUGCUGAGCAAAGGCUCCCCAAAACCCAACAGGAGUGGGUAUUCCUCACAUCUGGCUGCACUUGAAAUCCCAUUUUUCCUUUCCCGUUUGCCCUGGACAGGCUGGCUCAUCCUGGGAAUCCUGGGUGACGAGCAGGGCAGGUGGGCAACCAGUGAACACGUCCUCCCUGCCUUUCCUUGGCUCAGGGCUCUGACCAGGGGCUUAGUCUGCAUAGGGACACCCCAAACCAAGCUGUGAAUGUUCUGUUCCCCCUCUGGGCUUUAGGGGCUGGGCCCAAUCCCCAUCACACGGAGGUUUAGGGCCACUUGGAUCCACCUCUCCGCCUUGCGCACAUGGAAAUAUUGUUACAAUAAACUUGGCAUUUCACUUUCUGUUGGAUCAAAACCAAGUGGGGACACUUUUCACCUGUUGGAAUUUUUAAUUGCACAUACAGUUCAGAGAGGUUUUGUGGUUUGUGCCACAUCAUUCUUUGUUAUAUUGUUCCCUCAAGGGAUUUUGCUAGUCCAAAAAGCGGUGGUGGCUUUCUGGUGUCACAGGAGUGUUUACUCCUUUUCCUACUGGCAUCUCCUGCAGUCCCUGAGACCACAGAAUGUCCUGUAGCUCAUAGAAAAGACAUGCAUUGCAGUGGUUAAUUCCUUACUAAUGACUAAUUCCUUAGUCAUUAGAUUGGCUGGAACCACAUUAAAAAGCCUCUUGGAGCCAAGGUACUGACAUGGUUGGUACUGCUUUCUACCAGGAAACAUCUCUCCUCCAUCUUUUUAGCACUUGGCCUGUUCAGCCACCCAACUUCCACUCUUCUGCCCCCCACGGCAGCUUCCUGACCCAUUUCCUUGCUGAUAUCCCCUAAAGUAUGGCAGGAGUUCUAAACAGUGCCGAAAUACCAAAAGCCUGGAAUUCAAGUGAAUUCCUGGGUUCUCAGAAGGGGUGAGACACAGGCAGUGGAUGGAGAAAACACUGAAUUUAGUGUCAAUACUUUUGAGUACUUACUGUUCUCAUCCAGCAGUGUGAACUCCUGCACCCAACCCCAGUGUGACUUAUCCUCAGAGGACAAAAUAAGACCCAGGCAAUGCAGAGGAAGCAUUAAACUGGAAAUAGAGGGUUAAACUCCAUGAAGCAGGGAGGUGGCUGAGCCCCUCCAUAGGCCCCUCCUGGUGGCUGCCAUAGGCCUGGCCUUCUGGAAGGUGGGAGCAGGACUCUGCUGGCUGCCAGCUCCCUUUGUGCUCGGGUAUUCUGUGUGAUGCCAGGGUGGGCUCACACCUGGACCUCGGGAAUGAGGGGGGGACAGGUUUUCCGAUGUUAAUUUUGUUCUGCACAAAAAAAAAACAAACAAAAAAAAAAAAACAAAAAAAAAAAACACCUUGAUCAU